AUGAGUUGCACUUUUUUAAAUGGGUACAAUAUAGCUGAGAGGAUCGAUGAAGCUAUUUUAGAAAGGAUUAUACAUAACAACAAAAAAAAAUUAAAGAGCAAAUGCCAAGUUAAGAAGUUGUUUAUAAUUUAUUCAGAAAACAUUUCAAAUUACUCUUACUUAUACAUUAUAUUAAAGAAGAGUAUUUAUUUAAACUCAGAUGUUAUUUUUAUACUUAUAAGAAUAAAUAAGGAUGUUAGUGAAAAUAAGUUAAAGAAUAUAAUACAAAAAAUAAGUAACAAAAACAAUGACUCAUACAUAAUCAUUUUAUCUCCUUUAAGUUGUCAUAUAAAUAAAUGUUAUAUAUCUAAAUAUAUUAAGGAAGAAAAAGAUAUCGAUGGUGCUAAUUAUAAAACCAUCUUCAAAUUAAUUAAAAAUAGUAAUAAUAUUGUUAGUUCUAAUAUAUCUUAUAGUUUUUUAACAUUUAUAAACAUUUUACAAAACUCUUAUAUUAAAAUUUUUAAUGUUUUAUUAAAUUUUUUUUGGACAAUUUUGUUUUUUCCAGUAUUAGAAAAAAAAGAAAGUUCUAAAAAAAUUGUUAUUGCAAAUAAUUCAAUAAAUAACAAAAUACUCAAAACACCAAAAGGAAAUUGCAAAGCUAUAAGUAAUAUGUUGUUUAAUUAUAAAAAAAAACAAGAUAAUGAAAAUUCAAAUAAAUUACAGAGGGAAAAUGAUAUAUUAAUACGCAAUUAUUUAAAAAAUGUUAAUUAUAACAUUCCUUGCUGUGUCUAUUCAAUUCUUUUAUUUAUUAAGUAUUAUAAUAUCAAUAUAAAAAACAAGAAUAUUUUAAUUUUAAAUAAUAAUAUAAAUAUAUUCUUAACAUUGUUUAUCCUUUUUUUUCGCAAUAAAAUUUCGACGAUAGUUUAUGAUGCAAUAACAGGAAAUAUUCUAUGUAGGUAUAAAAAUAAUGACAGAAAUAAAUUUUAUUUUAAUAUUAAUAAUAAAAAAUCAUUAAUAAAAGAUGAGGAGGAUUUUAGGUGUAAAUGUAAAAAAUUUUUGAAUUAUUAUAUUGUUAGUAAAAAUAAAAACAGAAAGAUUAGCAAGGAAAACAUAAAAAAAAAUAUGAAAAACAAAAUAAUUAAAUUUUCUGAUGUUAUAAUAAUUGGUAUAGGGUGUAGUAAUAUUUUAAAAAAAAAACAUAUAAAAAAAAGUGCUGUCAUUUUAGAUUUAGGAAUCAACUUAAAAUACUAUGAAAAAAAUAAUACAAAGUUUGAAUCAUCCGAGCAAGGAAAUAAAAACAAAAAUGCCAAUAAAUAUAUUAACGAAAAUAAUAAUGUUAAUUUUAAAAUUGAUUUAUAUAAAAAAAAAAAUUAUAACUAUUUUCAAAGGAGAUUUUUAUAUGGACAUAAAAAUGUGGAAAUUGUUUUUAAUAAAAGAAAAAGAAAAAUUUUGUAUUUUUUUAGAAAAGCCAAAAUAAAAUUAAAAGUAGAUAACAAUAUUCCAUCCCUAAGAUGCACAAAUAUAAAAUUAAAAAAAUAUAAAAAUAAUUCAUUAUAUAUAAAAAGAAAAGAAAAAAAGAAGAAUCCUUUUCAUAGAUACACCGAGGUUACGCGCUUUAAAAUAUGUUCUAUUAACAAUGAAAAUAGAAAUAGACAUAGAGAAAAAAAAAAAAAAAAAAAAUAUAUUACACAUUUAAAAACGAAUGAAUCAAAAUUAAAAUUUGCUAAUAAAUUAGCAAAAUUUUUAGAAAAUUAUAAUAUUACUGGAGAUGCUGAUUUAAAAUGCAGUGACAAAUGUCAAUAUAUUUCAAGUGUACCUGGAGGCUUAGGACCAAUUACAACUUCUAUUUUAUUUUAUAAUUUAUAUUUUAAAAAAUUAUACUAA